UAACUAAUGAAGCAGUCAUAAAUGGGCCUACACUGUUUUACUACAAAAGUAGGCCUCUAUGUCUAUGGCCUACAUCACAACAACAUAAAUAACAACACUUCUUAAAUCUUUACAAGGUGAAGGCUGCUCUCAUUUGACAUUUGGCACAAUGAUUUGGUAAAAAAGUGAGUCCAAGUCCCCCAGGUCUCUACACAGAGCUCAUAUAACACCGCCCUGUCCUCUGGUCGUGGAGGACGAGCGAGUCUCCUCGCCUUCAGGGUUUUGUUGUUGUUGUUGUUGUUGUUGUUUUAAAGAAAUGUCUAGUUUAAAUGCCACCAUUUCUCUCUCGGUUGACUUUACAAGUCCGGGAGACUUUUUCAUUUUUAUUUACCACAUAGUGUUCGCCACAUGCGCGGCUCUGCUCGCGGGCUCUGUGGUCCUGGGGAUCCUGUGCACUCGGGCGCUGCGGCAGCAGAACCGCUUCAUCUUCAUGCUGAACACCAGCAUUAGCGACACCCUCACCGGCUUCUCCGUCUAUUACCUCGGGAUUUUCGACGUGCAGGAGGGUUACCCGUCCCGAAACAGCACCUUGUACAUUUUGCCCUCGUUUUUAGGCGUGAACGUGAUGACGUUUCUGUUCGCGCAGUUUGACCGCUACUUGGCUGUGGCGCACCCGUUCUUUUACAACCGCUUCAUCGCGCGCUGGUUCGUCGUCGCGUGCUGUGUGUUCUGCUGGGUGUACACCUACUUACUCCUGACUAUUCAAAAUGUUUUACCAGUCACACAAGCUGUCAAACUGAUCGCCUUCGGCGUCAUGACGUUGCAGAUAAUAGUUGUGAUCAAAGUCUUGAUGACCAUUAAGUUAUAUAUCAUAGCCAAGCACCAGCUCGGACGCGAGGCGCCCAGUCCGGAGAGAGACAGCAAGAAAGAGUCCCUGCGUCUCAUCGUGUUCGUGGUGAUGUGUUUUUUGUCGCUGUGGUGUCCCUCCUUCGUGAAUAUCAUGAUCAGAUAUCUGUCAAACGGCGGGUUGCGCUUUAGGAACGAAGCGACCAACGCGUUCGCCAUCAUGGCGCGCUUUAACGCGCUCAGCACUCCUGCGCUUUACAUAUGGGGCAGUCCUGCUCUGCGCACCGCUGUGUGGAGACAGGUGUGGAGAAGAGUGUGUACACCGUGCCACAUCAAGACUACAAGAGUGUUCAGCAUGAACAUGAAACCAGCAAAAGAUAUGCUGAGCAUCUCACACAGCUAGAGGGACACGUGAACACCGAAAGCGGGAGACAGAACUGGACGAAGUUCAUCGAUACACGGCUAGGCCUGGAUUAGACUGGUUUGCCUUUAAUAUUUCAAACUAAAUGUUCAACUGAUCAAUGUUUUGAGUUUGUUUUAUAUGGAAAGGCACUUCUUCCUUAUGGUUGC